AUGGGUGCCGCCCAGUCGACAACGGGUAACAACAACCCGGCGAGCUCUGGCAACACCAAUAACACCCCAGCCCCCAUCGUGAUCCAGCUACAGCUGGGAGCAGAGCAACUCUCCGCACUCACCGGAGCUGUUGCCCCAGGGGUUCACGUGCAUGUGCCCCCCAGUGGGUCGGAUGCUGCAGCAGGCGGAGCUAGCACGACUCCAGGAGCUGCCCCCCAUGGUGCUCCUCCGGUACCGUUUCCGCCUCCCCCGCCUCCAGCGGAAACUGAGCAGUAUCUCAGGUGGUGCAACCGCUGCAAGCAGCAGAGCUACUUCAGGGAGGGCAUCUGCCUGAACGAAUGGUGCUCCUUGGCUUGGUCGCGGCCAGACGUGGACUUGAACGUGGCGAAGAACUGGGGUGGAAAGAAAGUGGAGGCUUCGGUGCUCAACCACGGAGUGCACAAAGCAAAGAAAAACCGCGGGCAAAAGCGGAAAAUCUGGUGGCAAAAGCACCUGGAAAGAAAGGCCGGCAAGUGGGGCGGCGAGUGGGGCGGCGACUAUCAGGGCGACGAUGAGGAGAAUAAGGAAGAUGCGGAGGAAGGCAAGGCCCCUCCUCCUGUGGAUCCAAACCACCAGCCCCUGGGCAAGAAGGACGGCCCCGACGAUGACCACCACGAUGAUCCGGGCCGCACAGUGGAUUCAGCAGGAUCGGCAGGAUUGCCGUAUAUCUACAUGCCGAACUGCGGGGACGAUGUGGGGCCCGACUUCACGGACUAUGUCGUCGAGGUGGCUGUUGCUGUGGUGUCGUUUGCUGGGAAAAUGAAUGGCCGCAGCUUGGGUGCUGUUGUUGCCUACAAGCAUGCAUAUGUUCUGCCGUCACUCAUGGGAAAGCCAGCUGCCAAGAAGGCCAUGGCCAAGGCGAAGAACGGUCCCAAGGCAGCACCCAAAGCCACUCCCAAGGAGCUCAAGAAGCAGGAGAUGGAGAAGGCUGCUAAGAAAAAAGAUCAAAGCAACUUGGUCACUACCCUCAAGAAUGCGAAGACCAAGCUCCAGGGAGUGCAGAACGGCACGAUUCAGGUCAGCGACGGCGAGCUGGAAAACCUCAAGAACAAGGCCGAAUUUUUCGAUCGCUAUGUGAGCUUGGAUCGCAAUGAUCCAGAAAAGGCGCAAAUGUUGGCUGCCUUCUUGGCAGACAAGACAUGCAACAACUACAUGCAGAAGAUUCGGGAGAUCUCCACCGAAACGAAAACCGAGGAUGAAAAGGCUUCGGGAUUUGUGACACAAUGGGAGAUUGCCGCCAAAGAGAACCUUCCGGUCGACAGCCCGCUCUUGCAGAAGUUGUUGGACGGUCUCAAGUUCGACUACGAUUGGAACGAAGCGGUGCCCAGAGAAAAGGUUUUCAAGGAGGCCGGUGAAAAGCGAUUCUUCUAUGAGAAGAAUGCCAUGACAACCGAGAAGACCUCCUUCAGCUCCAAGUCCGGUAUCACCGCAGCAGGAGAUCUCGGCAAGAAGAAGGCGGACUCCUUCUUGAACGACAAGGACACAAGCACCGCCGACCCCGCCGCCAAGGUGAAGAUCGAGUUCCCCUUGCAUGUGGAGUUGGUCUCGAGCGUGAAAGUGCUGAAGAGCGGCAAGCAGAAGAUCCAGAAGGAGCUCAACACAGGCAAGGACUUGUGCCAGAAGCUUGCCACCGGCGGCGGCUACGACACGACCGAUCUGGCCAAUGCGAUUGACACCUUCGACAACUACCUCGCUACCCUGAGGCAGCGGAUCGCAACUGCCGAGGAGGUCCAACCUCCUGAUGUUACCAAGGAAGUGGUGGCUGAGCUAAAGGCAGAAAUCGAUAUCGCCGACACACAUCUGGAUGCCUUUAAGAGGGCCAUGACUAAGGCGAAGAACCUUCGCUAG